AUGCACCCGCAGGUGGGCGCCUACAACCGCGGCAAGCUCUCGCUCGGCCGCGUCGUGCGCACGGUCGCCGAGGUGCACGCCGUCAUGCUCGACAAGGCCGUCGGCGACAUUCAGGGCGCGCAGCGCGCCAUGCUCCUCGCGCGGGUGCGGCGCGCCCAGUACCUGUGCUGGGACGACGACGUCGAGGGCCGGUUCGAGACGGCGCUCGAGCUGUUUGGGAGCGCCAUCAAGGAGCUCGACCCGGUCAUUGACGAGGUGUCGGACGAGGUGCACCGGGUGUGGAAGGAGCGCAAGAAGGACGACGUUCGCGCAUCGUCGGACAGCCCGGCCGCCGAGGGUCUCGCCGGCGCGCUCGAGCUCGGGUUCCGCAGCACCGAGGGCGCGAGCAAGGACGAGGUCCUCAACGACAAGGAGCGCACCCUGUCGAGCCGCAUCGGCGCCCUGCGCAACCGCCUGCGCGACCUCCUGUUCGUCAAGCACCUCGCCCUCUUCAUCUCGGGCAACGCGUCGUUCAGCCUCAAGCGCGCCGACGACGAGGCGCGCUUCUACGCCGAGGCCGAGUCGCUGCGUCAGACGCUCCUCCAGCCGUACGAGUCGGCCGUCGACCGCUCGCAGGCGCUCCUGAAGCAGCAGCUCGACGCGCGCGACGACCUCAACGGCGAGCUCGACGUCCUCGACAUGGAGAUCGGCUUCAACAAGGAGGGCCACGGCCUGCGCGCGAUCCAGACGUACGAGGACGCGGCGACGACGAGCGACAUCUUGAACGGCUACGCCGAGCUCAUCGACCAGUACCGGUCGCUCGUCGUCCAGAUGAUGUUCACGCGCGUCUCUAUCGCCGGCGACGACGCGACGGGCGAGGAGUACGAGGACCGUGCGGCGCUCCAGGAGAAGCUCGACGUCACGCUCGAGGCGUACACGGUCCUCGUCGGCGAGUGGUCGUACGGCGUGUCGGGCGUCCGCUCGGCCGCCGCCGACGACUACAAGGCCAUCGCCGAGCGCCUCCUCUACAACCAGGAGGUCCUCCCCGAGGCGGGAUCGCCGCCCGCUCGCGGCAUCGAGGACGACGACCUGCCCGACGACGUCGGCGAGGCGAUGGCGGGCGUCAUGGGCGCGAUCGGCGGGCCGACGAGCAGGUGGGCCCGCGGCUCGAAGCGCAAGGCGGCGGCGCAGGACUCGGACGACUCGGACGGCGAGGGCGAGGGCGAGGACGAGGAGGCCGAGGAGAGCGACGGCGAGUACGACGCGGGCGACAAGAAGGGCAAGCGCAGGGCCAAGCCGGCGACCAAGAAGCGCAAGAAGGCGCCGGGCAAGAAGACUCGCGUCCAGGCCAAGCGCACGGCCAAUAAGAAGCACAACUCGUACAAGGACUUUGUCGCGCCCUCGCUCGAGUCGGGCCACUCGCCGGCCGACGUCCUCCGCUACGAGCUCCACGUCGAGCGCCUCGAGGCCAAGGGCGACGGCAACGAGUUCGCCGAGGUCGUCCCGCUGCGCUCGCUCAUCAAGCAGCUGCGCGAGGCGGCCGAGCGCUCGACGUCGCAGAACGAGAUCGCCAUCCUCGACCGCGAGCGCAACCGGCUCACGCAGAACCUCGCCAAGCUCGAGAAGGUCGCCGACCGCCUACGCGCCGAGCUCGCAGACCUCGUCGACGCCUUCAACGCGCGCAUCGUCUACUUCGCCAACCUGCAGAAGCUCUCGGACGACGUCGCAGACCCAGACUUUUCACACCGGUCGUGGCGCGGCCUGCUCGUCGAAACCGAGCUGCUGAGGCAGGAAGAGCACGAGCACAAGGUCGACAUCGAGUCGAAGCAGUCGCGCCGUCGGUACCUCGAGAACCUCAACUCGCCCGACAACCAGCAGGAGGACGAGGAGAGAAGUUGCCCGAUCUGCGCCGACAACUGGACUCGCGGCGUGCUCACGGCGUGCGGCCAUAUCACGUGCCAGAAGUGCUUCAAGGCCUGGACCUCGAUCAAGCGCAGCUGCGCGCUGUGCAAGCAGGAGCUCACGCCUGGGAGCUACUCGACCGUCAUCUUCGGCAAGACGGCCCCGGCGCAGGCGCAGCCCGACCCCGUCCAGGCCAGCACCGCCGGCGACAAGCCCGAGCGCUACAUCGACUCGCACGGCGUCUCGCACGACGUCGCGAUCGAGGCGGCGGCGCCUGCGCUCUCUGAGCUCGCCGACGAGGCGAUAGAUUCAAUCGCCGAGAUUCAGACGGCGGCGCCGCUCAGCAGCAAGGCGGACUUUAUCACCAAGACGGUCAAGCACCUGCGUCGAGUCGAGCCCGAGGCGAAAGUCGUGAUUUUCUCGGCCUGGAUCGACGCCCUCGACCUCCUCAUGGAGUCGUUUACGCGCAACGGCCUCAAGUUCGUCCGCCUCGAGGGCGCCAACGGCAAGGGCAAGAAGGAGGGCGUCGCCAAGCUCUUCCAGGAGGACGCGAGCAUUUCAACUUUCUUCCUCCACACGCGGUCGCAGUCGGCCGGGCUCAACCUCACGAUCGCUCGCUACGUCUUCCUCGUCGAGCCGCUCCUCGCGUCGCACCUCGAGCUGCAGGCCGUCGCGCGCGUGCACCGCAUCACCCAGACCAAGCAGACCGUCGUCUACCAGUUCGCCGUCUCGGACACGGUCGACCGCCGCGUCGCCGACCUGCGUGCCCGCCAGGGCACGUCGCUCUUCCUCAAGGACUCGCACGUCGACGCCGAGAAGGAGUCGCGCCUCGUGCAGCAGAAGGACCGCGCCAAGACGAACGUGAAGCGCCUCGACGACGCGGUCGAGGACGAGGACGACCUCGCGCGCUGCAUCCUCCCGCCCGAGGCCUUCCUCAACCUCCAGCGCAGCCUCCUCCCGCAGCGCCUGCAGCAGCCCGACGCCGCCGGCCCCGCCGCGCACGCCAACGCCGGCAACGACGACGACGACGGCGACGUCGACAUGGCGCCACCCGUCGCGGGCCCGUCGAGCGCGCUCCUGCGCCACCCGGACGACCCGGACGUGCAGGCUGCGGCGCUCGCGGGGAUGGCGGCGGCGGGGCGGGUCGCGCUCGAGCAGGAGCAGGAGGGGCAGGCGAGGGUCGCGCCGGGUUCGGGCUCGGGUGCGAGGGAGGUCUGAGCGACGGAGCGAGGGAGGGAGGAGAGGGUCGCGCUUGAGCCUGCUUGUCGUUCGGUUUCUUUAGCUUUGUCGUUGCACUACACCCUGCCGCUUUGCCUCUC